AUGUCCACUGAUCUCUCUUGUAACCAUUUUGAAGGAGAAAUCCCACAAUCACUCCAACAUCUUCGAGGCCUUCAAUCACUCAAUCUUUCCAACAAUCAUUUUACUGGACGUGUCCUGCCAUCUUUGGGGCACCUAAAGAAUCUUGAAGCUUUGGAUCUCUCUCGAAACCACCUAUCUGGGGAAAUUCCUCAACAGUUGGUGCAACUCGGUUUCCUUUCCAUCUUCAAUGUGUCAUUCAACCGUCUACAGGGACGCAUACCACAAGGAAAACAGUUUGAUACAUUUGAUAACAACUCCUACUUCGGGAAUCCCCGAUUGUGUGGACGACCUUUAUCCAAGGAAUGUCAAGAUCAUCCAAAGGUGUCAAGACUUCCACCAACAAGCAGUGUGUCUGAAUCUCUCUUCCCAACCGAAACAAUUGAUUGGAUCAUCGUAUUUUGUGGAGUUGGAAGUGGGUUGGUUGUUGGGAUUGCUAUCGGGAACAAUCUUCAUACAAGGUAUAGUCAUCAGAUCACAAAGAGGAAGGACACAUGGGUAAGGCCUCUUCGUAACACUAGGAGAAACCAAGGAUAA